ACUACUUUCCACAAUGUGUGCUGAGGCUCUACCUUCACUUCACCACAACCACCAAGAGCAACUCAAGAACAACGCAUCUCUGGAGAAUCGAAGCAACGGGAUCACUGGAGCCUGGCCAUCGAAGCAGCACCAGUACUACAAGCAUCGCGCCUUGAGAAGAAUCCAUGGAGCUGUAAACAUCAUGGGGUGGGGAGUCCUCUUGCCGAUAGGCGCAAUCAUUGCACGAUACUUUAAAGAAUCAAGCAACGAUUGGUACAAUCUUCACAUCAUGUCCCAGUUCUCAGGGUUCAUUCUUGGCACGCUCGGAUGGGGUAUCGGAAUAACCAUCAAGAAUGAACAUCACCAUAUGAGCAGCCAUGGGAUUCUUGGAACUUUAAUAUUUGCACUGGCUACUCUUCAGUUGUUAGGCAUGUGUUUGCAGCCGGAUGAGGAACACGAAGGCCGGAGAUAUUGGAUCAUCUAUCAUAACGUACUCGGCUAUGCCCUCAUUGUUCUCAUCAUUGUAAAUAUAUUUCAAGGUAUUGGCAAUCAGAAGACGCCCAAGACAUGGGAUUUUGUUUAUGGUGCUGUUUUGGGAGUUUUGGGUGUGAUUGCUCUAGCUCUUGAGAUUCUCAGAUGGAUAUAUGUAUAGAUUCUUCACACCUUGCUAUUUGAUAGCAUGAAAGUGUAUUUUUUUAUUUAAGGAGAGUAGAAAACGGUGAUGUUUCA